AUGGCAGCAAAGAAGUUGAGCGGUGAAGUGAAAAUGGGAGGCUCUCUCUCACUUUUUAUUUUUGAGGAGAAAGAAAAGGCAAAAAGAAACUAUGAUACAGUUAAGUUGAAGAACAAAUUGGACAGCCUCAAAGGUACAUGGAAAGAAUGGGAUACUUUAGUUGGAAAAGAGACUGGUUUAGGAUGGGAUCCCGAUAAAAAAAUAAUUCAAGCGAGUGCAGAUUGGUGGGAUAGGAAAAUAAAGGAGAAUCCAAAUGUAGAGAAAUUUAGAGAGAAAGGUUUACAACAUCGACAACUGAUGGAGUAUUGUUUUAAGGAUGUUGUUGCAACUGGUGAACAUGUGUGGGCAUCAUCAUCUGGAGUGUUACCUGAUGACAAUGAAGAGUUUGUGAAUAUUGAUGGCAAAGAAAAGAAUACGGAAAAGGGAUUCGAACAAACUAAUCCAGAAGAAUCGAAUGUGGUUGAAAAAAUCCCAGUGCUACAGAUUUUGGUCCGCAGUGAGCUUUUCGUUCCUUGA